UCGGUGUGUUUAUCUCUCGAGUUGUGUGCCGUGUUGUCGUCCCGGAUCGGGAAGAAAAAUAUGUUGAAAAUGUCAGGAAAAUUAAUCCUGGCCUUGCUCGUAGCGAUUUCCGUGUCGCUGAGCUUUGUCACUUGCCAAUACAGAUCUAAAAACAGCUCUCCGUUGCCGGAUCGUGUGAAGCAGCUUACAGAGAUGUCGAUGAAAAGACCGCUUCUUAAGUUCAAUACAGCCAAAUUUAAGGAAUACAUCAGAGCAACGCCUAGAAAUUAUUCUGUCAUAGUGCUGUUUACAGCUCCUGCAAAGCUUUGUCAAAUUUGCGUGCAUGCAAGCUAUGAGUUUACAAUAUUGGCCAACUCCUUUCCCCAUUCUCAGUCAUACUCGAACAAGCUGUUCUUUGCUUCUGUUGACUAUGAUGAGAGUCCUGAGGUUUUCCAAAUGCUAAAAUUAAAUUCUGCACCAGUGUACGUUCACUUCCCACCAAAGGGCAAACCCAAGCCAGCUGACACUAUGGACAUUCAGAGAGUAGGAUUAGCAGCUGAAGUUAUUUCUAAAUGGGUCUUUGAGCGUACCGAUAUUCAGAUCCGUGUAUUCAGACCACCAAGCUAUUCUGGCACAGUUGCUGUUGUUAUGCUUCUCGUUCUUAUUGGAGGUUUCUUGUACCUGAGGCGCAAUAACCUUGAUUUUAUUUAUAACAAAACUUUAUGGGGUCUUGCAGCUCUGUUCUUUACCCUUACAAUGAUUUCUGGUCAAAUGUGGAAUCACAUCAGAAGUCCACCAUAUAUGUAUAAAUCACCUAAUGGUAAUUCUAUAUACAUCCAUGGAUCUUCACAAGGCCAAUUUGUUUUAGAGACUUAUAUCAUUUUGAUUUUAAAUGGAGCAGUUGUCUUAGGCAUGAUUCUCAUGACUGAAGCAGCUUCGCGCAAAGGUGACGUGAAAAAACGAAGAACAUUUACCACAAUUGGAGCAAUUCUAGUUCUUGUAUUUUUCAGUCUGAUUCUUUCCAUAUUCAGAAGUAAAGCUCAAGGAUAUCCGUAUAUUAUUUUCAACUGGCAGUCAUUAUUUCAGUAAUUUUCCAUCUCAGCCCAAACACUAAUGAUGUAGUCAACUGAUGUUGUGUAAAUGGUUGUGUACUUUCAGGUAAAGAAAGAUCAUAAUUAUACCGGACUUCAUGACUUCAUCAUCUACUAAGAAUCUUAUUGUUAUACUUGCUUGUAUUUUAAUACUAUUUUGUAAAGAAAAGUAAUUUAUAACUAAGUUGCAAUAAGAAUUCCGCAAUGUCUUUUUGUGCUAGCAUUGUAAAUUCAUGACCAGAGAAUGGUUGAUAGUGUGGAUAUAUAAAAUUUUUUUUGA